AUGUCAUCCCAGGAGCACCAUUUGCAGCAAGUGCUUUCGUCUGAAGAGCUCGGUGAUCGUCGCGCCACUCAAUUUUUCCGCCAUCUGCAGUUCCUUCUUGGCGACAAAGCAUCAUCUAUUGACCCUGCUAUCCUCAAGGAACUUUUCCUCCAGAGACUCCCUCCCCAUGUACGCGUGUCACUAGCAGCAUCGGGCGCCCUGCCCCUCUCAGAGCUAGCAGAACUCGCCGACCGCGUCCUGCACAUUGCCCCUCCCACCGUCGCCGCGAUGUCCUCCAAUACGCAAUCUGAUGAUUCCGAGCUCGGCCACCUGCGCCAGGAAGUUGCGCGCCUCACCGAACUUGUCUCACACCUGUCGCAGCAGCGCUUCCCGAACCGCGGGGCAAGCCCCUCACGGCGCACACCUUCGCCGGCGCGUCGCUUGCAGUCCCCCACGCGCUCCCGCCGCACUUCACCACCGGCCUCCACCUACUGUUGGUACCAUCACACAUUCCGCAACUGCGCUCGUCGCUGCCAGCAGCCCUGUACUUGGCCGUCGGGAAACGGCCUGGGCGAUCAUUAA